UUGCUUUUCAUCACAGUGAAAAUGUAUGUGGUUUAUCCUGCAGGUUAAGAUUGAUAAAAAGAGAUUCACUUUCAACUGAAUAGCUGCCCAAAUGCAGUUUGUAACAAGUGGCUGCGAAUUCCAUCUGGUGGCACAAGUUAACCACUGAAAUUUGAGUCCAAUGGGAAAUGGAUGUCACUGAUGAGGGCCGACAUUUACUGCCCAUCCCUAACUGCUGUUGAGAUCACGCUGAUGAGCCUACUGCAUGAACUGGUGCUGCUCGUCUGAUGAAAAUUUGUCAUACAACUGUGUGGCUCAUUGAAACGUUUUGGAGAACUCACAGGGAUCAUUUGUCUGGGUCCAGAGUUACCCAUAGAUCAAACUAGAAUGCAAGAAUGAUGGGAUGGAUGUAAUGAUGGGCUGCAGGGCAGAUUUGCCACUCUCCUUCCUCUGUCUCGUCCUUCUGCUGUUCCAGCUGUUUGACCCCAGUUGUCAGAGUCGCCAGUUUCAAGAACCAGCAUUGUCUACGACCUUCCAGUUUACACAUUCCCUGUACAAUGCGACAAUUUACGAGAACUCUGCUGCAAGAACCUAUGCCAACAGUCAAGUUAAAAUGGGAAUAAGUGUGUCUGAUCAAUCAUGGGACAUUAAAUACAGGAUUAUUUCUGGAGAUGAGGACAGCUUCUUCAAAGCAGAAGAGUUUUUACUUGGCGAUUUCUGUUUCCUCAGAAUAAGGACUAAGGGGGGCAACUCUGCCAUAUUAAACAGGGAAGUUCAAAAUCACUACUUGCUCAUCGUGAAAGGCACUAUCAGAGGUGAAGCCUUGGAAGCAUGGACAAAAGUGAAUGUUCAAGUUUUGGAUAUGAAUGAUUUGCGCCCUUUGUUUUCUCCCACAACAUACUCUGUAACUAUUCCAGAAAAUACACCUCUGAGAACCAGUAUUGCACAAGUGACGGCAACAGAUGCGGAUAUUGGAUCAAAUGGAGAAUUUUAUUAUUAUUUUAAAGACAGAGUUGACACCUUUGCUGUUCACCCAACCAGCGGAGUGGUUUCUCUGAGUGGCAGACUGAAUUAUGACGAGACCAACCAAUAUGAUUUGGAAGUUUUAGCAGUGGAUCGUGGAAUGAAGCUUUAUGGGAACAAUGGAGUAAGCAGUACUGCAAAACUAGUCAUUCGCAUUGAUAGAAUCAAUGAACACGCACCAACUCUAAGUGUGGUGACCCACAUUCCUUCCUUGAUGGAUAAUGAUCCUACCUAUGCCGUUGUUACUGUUGAUGACCUAGAUGAUGGAAUCAAUGGGGAAAUUGAAUCAAUAUCUAUUGUAGCAGGUGAUCCUUUAGAACACUUUCAUCUUGUUAGAACUGGAUCAACAGGGACACAGUAUCGAAUAAAGGAAGCAAAGAGAAUACCCUGGGGAGAUUUUCCUUAUGGUUAUAAUCUCACCCUACAAGCAAAAGAUAAAGGAAUCCCUCAGAAAUUCUCUGCAGUGAAAAUAGUACAUAUUAGAAAUCUGGAGGAAGAUGAACACCAAGUGAUGUUUGAAGAAGAUCUCUAUGAAGUGGAGCUGAAUGAAUUUGCCCCUCCUGGAGCUGUGGUGGUUGUUGUUAAGCUGAAGCCAGAGCCACCAAAUGUUGAAUAUAAACUUAGUGUAACUGAAGACGCUCAUCAUUUCCACAUUAAUCCUCGGACUGGUCUCAUAACCACAGCACAGCACAUAAGCACCCUCGAAAGAGAACAUUUUGUGUUAGAAGUGGAGAGCGAUGCCAAUGAAAUCAAAGUACGUGUUAUUGUACAGAUCGAGGAUGCCAAUGAUCACACCCCGCAUUUUCAGCAGCAAUCAUAUGAGGCAUUUAUCAAUGAGAGUGCGCCCAUUGGCAGCAGUGUGCUCGUUGUUUCUGCCAUGGAUAAUGAUCAAGGAGAAAAUGGAUAUGUAACGUACAGCAUUGGCAAUCUGAAUCCAUUACCUUUCACAAUAAACCAGUUCACUGGUGUCAUUAGCACAAUCAAACAAUUAGAUUUUGAGUCAUCAGCUCAUAGUUACAAGUUUGUCAUUCGUGCUUCAGAUUGGGGAUCACCUUAUCGACGUGAGAGUGAGGUAAAUGUGACUGUAUUUGUGCAAAACGUUAAUGACAAUAAACCCCUCUUUGAGAAAGUGGACUGCCGAGGAGUGAUUUCCCAUGAGUUCCCUGUUGGUGAACAAAUAACUGCAGUUUCAGCAAUUGACGUUGAUGAACUGGAAUUGGUAAAAUACACUAUCAUUUCUGGGAAUGAACUUGGAUUCUUUGACUUAAAUCCUGAUUCUGGUGUGCUCUUCUUAACAAAACCAUUGGAUAGUGCAAAUCUAAAAGAAGGGUUUUUUUCACUUCAGAUAAUGGCUUCGGAUGGAGAGAACUUUGCUGAUCCAAUGUUCCUCAACAUUUCGUUGGUGCAUGGUAAACUUGCUACAAAGGACUACAUCUGCAGGGAAACAGGAGCAGCUCAGAAAUUAACUGAGAAAUUACUCAAAAGGGCUAAAAUAAACAAGUCAACCAUGGAAGACGUAUUCCUCGACCUUUAUUCAAUUAAUAGACAGUCCCCACAGUUUGAUAAAUCCUUUCCUUCAGAAAUAAAUGUUAAGGAAGAUCUUCCUGUUGGCAGUACAAUUGUUAAGAUCUCAGCUUCAGAUGCAGACAGUAGCUUCAAUGGAAAAGUUGUAUACACCAUUUCUGAUGGCAAUGUUGAUAGUUGUUUUAAUAUUGAAAUGGAAACUGGAUGGCUGACAAUUCUGAUGCCUUUGGAUCGGGAAUUAAGUAAUAAAUACAUUCUGAACAUCACUAUCUAUGAUUUGGGGUCUCCUCCGAAGUGUGCCUGGAGACUCAUGACUGUCCAUGUCCAGGAUUCUAAUGACAACAGGCCUCAAUUUUUACGAGAGUAUUAUUCUAUUAAUAUUCCAGAAGAUACACAAAUUGGUACAGAAGUAGUUCAGAUUGAGGCCACAGAUAAAGACCUGGGUCGUAAUAGUGAAAUAAUUUACACACUGUUAACAAGCACUCACCAGUUUGGCAUUAAUGCCUCAACUGGUAUUGUUUAUGUGACUGGGUUGCUGGACCGGGAAUUAAUUCCAAAUUGUACAUUGAAAAUAGAAGCCCGUGAUCAAGCUGAAAGUGGUCAUCAGCUUUACUCAGUGGUGGCACUGGAGAUUACUUUUGGUGAUAUCAAUGACAAUGCUCCCCGUUUUGUUCCAUCAAGUUACUUUGUUAAGGUCCUUGAAGAUAUGCCUGUCAGUGCUGUGGUAAUGUGGUUGGAAGCUCACGAUCCUGAUCUUGGCUUAGGUGGCCAGCUGCGUUAUUCUUUGGGAAAUGAUUACAAUGGGAAGUUCGAAAUUGACAGAGCCAGUGGAGCAGUGCGUCUGACAAAAGAGCUUGAUUUUGAGAAACAGCAAUUCUACAACCUGACAAUUCGUGUUAAAGAUAAAGGCCGGCCGACAUCCUUAUCUUCAACGUCAUUUGUAGAGAUUGAGGUAGUCGAUGUGAAUGAAAAUCUUUAUGCGCCACGGUUUUCAGAGUUUGCCAAGAAGGCAUCUGUGAAGGAAAAUGCACCAAUUGGAACAAAAGUUGUGCAGGUGACAGCCAAAGAUAAUGAUGAAGGAAGGGACGGAGAGGUACAAUACACCAUCCGGGAUGGCAGUGGGCUUGGACGUUUCACUGUCAAUGAAGAUACAGGUUUAAUUGUUACAGCCGACGUACUUGAUCGUGAAACAACUGCUUCCUACUGGCUUACUGUGUAUGCCACGGAUCGUGGAGUAGUUCCAUUAUUUUCAUCUAUUGAAAUCUAUAUUGAAAUUGAAGAUGAAAAUGACAAUGCACCCAUAUCUUCUCAACCUAUUUACCAUCCGUCAGUCAUGGAAAACUCUCCCAAGGACGUUCCCAUUGUUCAGAUCCAGGCCUAUGAUCCGGAUUCCAGUUCUAGUGAUAAAAUGACAUUUAAAAUUACCAGUGGGAACCCACAGAAUUUCUUCACCAUUAACUCUAAGACCGGUUUGAUCAUGACCACAACAAGGAAACUGGACCGAGAACAGCAAGCAGAGCAUGUCCUUGAGGUGACAGUGACAGAUGGAAGCUCUUCUCCAAAACAUUCAACUGUGUGGGUCGUGGUACACGUGUUGGAUGAGAAUGAUAAUAAGCCCCUAUUUCCUCAGAAAGUCUAUCAAAUCAAACUUCCAGAACGGGACCGCAAGAAACGCAGUGAGCCAAUUUAUAGAACUUUUGCAUUCGAUAAGGAUAAAGGACCCAAUGCGGAAAUUUCCUACAGCCUAGUGGAUGGAAAUGACGAUGGAAAGUUUUUUAUUGAUCCCAAAACUGGCAUGGUUUCCUCUAGGAAACAGUUUUCAGCUGGAAAUUAUGACAUCUUAACAAUUAAAGCAGUGGACAAUGGGAGACCACAGAAAUCUUCCACUGCACGCUUACACAUCGAGUGGAUAAAGAAACCAGAACCAUCCUCCAUUCCCCUCAGUUUUGAUGAACCAGUUUACAAUUUCACAGUGAUGGAAAAUGACAGAGUGAAUGAUAUUGUGGGUGUGGUCACUGUUCAGCCAAGUAAUAUUCUGCUUUGGUUUGAUAUUGUCGGUGGAAAUUAUGACAGUGCAUUUGAAAUAGAGAAGGGUGUUGGCACCGUUGUUAUCGCCAAGCCACUGGAUACAGAGCACAGGGCAACUUAUAAUAUGACUGUGGAAGUCACAGAUGGAACUAACUCAGCUGUUACACAGGUGUUUAUAAGAAUACUUGACAACAAUGAUAAUGGUCCAGUGUUCUCUCAGCCAAGCUAUGAUGUGACCAUUUCUGAGGAUGUUGCCGUGGAUACUGAAAUUCUUCAUAUUAAAGCUACUGAUAAGGAUGAGAAAAACAAGUUGACCUACUCAAUUCACAGCAGUAUAGAUCCUAUGAGUAUGCGUAAAUUUCAGCUUGACCAGAGCACAGGCCGGCUGAGCGUAGCUGAAACGCUGGACCACGAGGCUCAGGCUCAGCACAGUUUGACUGUAAUGGUCCGAGAUCAAGAAUUCCCUUACCGGCGCAACUUGGCACGGGUUAUAGUGAAUGUAGCUGAUGCCAAUGACCACACUCCAUACUUCACUAGUGCUGUGUAUGAAGGUUCCGUUUUUGAAUCCGCUGCUCUUGGCUCUGCAGUUCUGCAGGUUACAGCUCUGGACAAAGAUAAAGGUCAAAACGCAGAAUUACUGUACAGUAUUGAAGCAGGCAACAAUGAGAAUACCUUUAAGAUCGAACCAGUUUUGGGGAUUAUCAGUGUUUCAAAAGAACUUGAUCUCACCCACCUUGGCCACUAUGUUCUGAAUGUUAAAGCGAUCGAUCAGGGAGUACCACCCCUUUUUACAACUGCAACUGUACGUAUCACUGUGAGUUUCUCAGACAAUGCUCAGCCCCAGUUCCAUCAGAAAGAAUACAUGGUUGAAGUAAAUGAAAAUGCCAGUGUUGGUACCUCAGUGAUUAUGAUCACAGCAGUGAGUCAAUCAACCGUAGUUUAUGAAAUAAAAACUGGAAAUUUGGAGAGCAUUUUCGCCAUAAACCCUUAUUCAGGGGUCAUUAGUGUUCAGAGAGAGCUUGAUUAUGAGCACGUUCCUUCAUAUCAGCUGAUUGUGCAAGCAACCAACAUGGCAGGAAUGUCCUCAAAUGUAACAGUCCUCAUUCAUGUUGUCGAUCAAAAUGACAAUCCUCCAGUCUUCCUACAUUCGCAGUAUUCAGGUAGCAUUAGUGAGGCUGCUCCACCCAAAAGUGCUGUUUUAAUUUCAGCGAGCAAUCCUCUUGUUAUAAAGGCUACUGAUGCUGAUUGCAAUCAGAAUGCAUUGCUUGUCUAUCAGAUUGUUGAAUCCACAGCAAAAACAUACUUUUCAGUUGAUUCCAGCACAGGGGCGAUCAGAACCAUUGCCAACCUUGACCACGAAACAAUUCCGAUUUUCCAUUUCCAAGUGCACGUCAGAGACAGUGGAAGUCCACAGCUCACGGCUGACUCUCCAGUUGAUGUUACCAUUCAUGUGACCGAUGUCAAUGACUCUCCCCCAGAGUUUAGCCAGCAUGUUUAUGAAUCUGUUCUCCUCCUGCCAACCUAUAGUGGUGUCGAGGUUCUCAUGAUGUCAGCUACAGACCCUGACUUUGAAAUAAUAUCAGAAUUAACUUAUACACUAUUGGAUGGAAAUGCAGAAAAUUGUUUUUCAAUUGACCCAAGAAGUGGAAUAAUCACUGUAAGGAAUCAAACCCUUACUGAAGAACUCUAUCACCUUACUGUUCGUGUGUCUGACGGAAAAUUCAGCAGCACAGCAUUGGUAAAGAUAAAAGUGAAAUUUGCUAUUGACAGUGGUCUUCGGUUCACUCAAAGUUUAUAUUCAGCUUCUAUCUUGGAGAACAGCACAGAGACAAAGAAAGUAGCUGUGGUAAAUGCUGUGGGGAACCGGCUUAAUGAGCCAUUGAAAUACAGAAUAUUGAAUCCUGGUGACAAGUUUACAAUUAAAUCUACUUCAGGAAUAGUGCAAACAAUGCCCGUGUCAUUUGACAGGGAAGAACAAGAGCUGUAUGAAUUAGUGGUGGAAGCAAGUCGUGAGGAUGAUCCCUGGUGUGUUGCACGAGUAGUCAUUAGAGUUCAGGUUGAAGAUAUUAAUGAUAAUCCACCAGUAUUUGUUGGUCUUCCUUAUUAUGCUGCAGUUCAAGUUGAUGCAGAGCCAGGAGCACGUAUAUAUCAUGUCAGUGCCAUGGAUCGUGACAAGGGCAAAAAUGGAGAGGUAACUUACUUCCUCAGAGAAGAACAUGGUCAUUUUGAGAUUGACAGGUAUACUGGUGUUGUUACAUUAAAGGAACCUUUUGAAUUUGAUUUAUCCAAUGUUGAAUAUAACAUCAUGGUCAUUGCAACAGAUGGUGGUUCUCCUUCUCUCUCCACUCAAGUAGAACUGUCUAUUACAGUGGUUAAUAAAGCAAUGCCUGUCUUUGCAAAGCCAUUUUAUGUAAAAACAGUAAAAGAAGACUUACAGCUACACACCCCUAUCCUCAGCGUCAAUGCAACUAGUCCUGAAGGUCAGAGCCUAAUAUAUACAAUUACUGAUGGAAAUCCUCUAAACCAGUUUAAUAUAAAUUUUUACACAGGAGUGAUUAGUGUCAUUCGUCCUCUUGAUUAUGAAACUAAGUCCAGCUAUAAAAUGACUGUGAAAGCGACAGAUUCUCUCACAGGCGCUCGAGCAGAAGUGACCGUGGAUAUAUCAGUAGAAGACGUUAAUGAUAACCCUCCAAUUUUUGAAAGAGCUGUAUAUGAAGCAACCCUUUCUGAAUCUUCAAUGGUCGGAACAUCUGUGUUGCAGGUUAUUGCUGCAGAUGUAGAUUCUGAAAACAGUAGGUUAGUGCGCUAUCAGAUUGUUCAAGACCAUUUAAACAGUACGGAUUACUUCCAUAUAGACAGCACAAGUGGGCUGAUUCUAACAUCUCGCAUGUUGGACUAUGAGUUAAUUCAGGAAUACAAUUUUAUAGCAAGAGCAACUGACAAUGGCAUCCCACCCAUGAGCAGUGAUGUUUCUGUGACGGUUUAUGUAACUGAUAUGAAUGACAACCCGCCAGUUUUCAACCGGCUUCUCUACGAGUCCUACGUGAAUGAACUUGCCCCACGUGGUCACUUUGUAACUUGUGUGCAGGCAUCCGAUGCCGAUAGCUCUGACGCUGACAGGUUAGAGUACAGCAUUCUGUCUGGCAAUGACCACAUGAAUUUUGUCAUGAACAACAAGAGAGGUAUCAUUACGCUCUCCAAUCAUCGGAAGCAAAGAAUGGAUCCUGUGUAUAACUUGAAUGUCUCUGUGUCUGACGGCAUUUUUACCAGCACUGCUCAAGUGCACAUCAGGGUGCUUGGUGCCAAUUUAUACAGUCCAGUCUUUUCAAGCAAUCUUUAUGUGGUGGAAAUGAGAGAAAACUCUGCCAUUGGGAGUAAGGUUGCACAGGCAGUUGCUACUGAUGGUGAUUCUGGAGACUAUGGAAAUAUUAACUAUCGUAUAGUGAAUGACUUUGCAAAAGAUCGGUUCUCUAUUGAUUCUUCAGGGAUGAUUAUUAUAACAGAAAAGCUAAACAGAGAACUUCCUUUGGAGAGUAACAUCGAUAUCAUGGUAAUGGCUGUUGAUGGUGGUGGUAGAUCUGCCUUCUGCACAGUGAGGGUCAUACUGGUGGAUGACAAUGACAAUGCUCCUCAAUUCAUGGCCCUAGAAUACAGAACAAGUGUCAAGGCUGAUGUGGCUAAAGGGUCGUUGAUCACCCAAGUUGAGGCUUUUGAUCCAGAUGAAGGAGCAAAUGCUAAAAUCUUAUAUUCAUUGUACAGUGAAGAUUCGGACUAUGUAACAAAUGCAAUAGACAUUGACCAGGAAACGGGGUGGAUUGUGACUAAGGGAAGUUUUGACCAUUUGAAGAAUACGAUUCUCUCAUUUUUUGUGAAAGCCUCAGAUGGAGGUGUCCCUGCGAGGAAUGUUCUGGUUCCUGUAUACUUUCACGUGCUUCCUCCUGAGACAGCCCUCCCAGCCUUUCUGCAGCAUCAGUAUUCAUUCCUGCUGCCAGAAGAUGCCCCCAUAGGGAGCACAGUUGGCACAAUCCAGGUUUUGCCCCGUCAGACUGUUCUCUUCAAUACAAUUAAUGGUGGAUUAUCAAAAAACAACCAAGAUGCAGUAUUUGUUAUAGAUUCACAUACUGGGGUGUUAAAAUUGGACAAGAAACUUGAUUAUGAAAUAAAUCCGUUCUACGAGUUUUUGGUUACAGUCACUGUUCAUAAUGGAAGAACUGACAUCAUUUUGACAACAAUUAUCACAAUUGAAAUUGGGGAUUUGAAUGACAACAAGCCUGUUUUUCAGACUAAUCCCUAUGAGGCUAUUAUAAUGGAAGGAAUGCCUAUAGGAACCAAAGUGAUCCAAGUCCAAGCAGUUGAUGAAGAUUCGGGAACCAAUGGACAAGUUACAUAUAGUAUUUUGCAAACUACUCAACUGGAUCUCAAAGACAUUAUGAAUGUAUUUGCUAUCGACCCCAACAAUGGCUGGAUUAGGACACUUAAAGAUCUAGACCAUGAAAAGCAACCAGCCUACACCUUCACUGUGGUAGCUUUGGACCAUGGUGAGAUUGUAUCCCUGUCCUCAACAGCAAUAGUUCAAGUAACUGUCACAGAUAUAAAUGACAAUUCUCCAAAUUUUCUGAAUGAGAUAUACCGAGGAUCAGUGAGAGAAAGUGACUCACCUGGUGAGGUUGUGGCAGUCCUCAGCACAAGAGAUGACGACACAUCUGAAAUCAACCGUCAAGUUAGCUAUCAUAUUACAGGGGGAAAUCCUAAGGGGAAGUUUGCUCUUGGUUUGGUUCAGAAUGAGUGGAAGGUCUAUGUGAAAAGGCCAUUAGAUCGUGAGGAACAGGAUAUUUACCAACUGAAUAUUACAGCCACUGACGGGCUCUUUGUAUCAAGAGCAGUGGUAGAAGUCAGAAUAUUGGACACCAAUGAUAACGACCCAGUGUGUAACCAGGUCACCUACACAGAGAAUAUAGUGGAAGAUAUUCCACCAAAUAACGUUAUUCUAAGGAUUGGUGCUCAUGAUGCUGACAUUGGUUCUAAUGCAGAAAUAAGGUAUUCUUUGCAUGGAGCUGGAUCAGAUAAAUUUUUCCUUGAACCAGAAAGUGGUGAACUAAAAACAUUAUCAGCUUUAGACCGUGAGGAAACUCAAGUAUAUAAUUUGAUUGCCAGAGCAUCAGACGGAGGUGGGCGUUACUGCCAGUCAGGAGUAGUUCUGACUUUGGAGGAUGUGAAUGAUAAUCCACCUGUGUUUUCUUCUGAACAUUAUACUGAAUCUGUAUAUGAGAACACAGCAGUUAAAGCUCUGCUGACAAAAGUCGAAGCAAUGGAUCCAGAUAUAGGUCCAAACAGGAAUGUGGAAUACACUCUUGUUGACUCUGCUGAUGGAUUUUUUUCAAUUGAUAAAUAUUCUGGAAUCAUCAGUCUGGAAAAGGCCCUGGAUAGGGAACAGCAGGCAUUGUACAACCUCACUGUCAGAGCCACAGACCAGGGAGAGACAUGGAAACUCUCAACUUUUGCCACAGUCACGAUAAUUGUAUUGGACAUCAAUGACAAUCCACCAGUUUUUGGAAGACGAGAUUAUCUCACCACGGUACCUGAAGAUGUACCACCGGGUACUGAAGUUCUGACCGUCUAUGCAGCCAGCAAAGAUAUUGGUGCAAAUGCAGAAAUUACUUACAGUAUUAGAUCUGGUAAUGAACAUGGUAAAUUCAGAAUUGAUCCUCAGGAAGGAAUUAUUUCUGUAAUUGAGCCUCUUGAUUAUGAAACUUGUAAGAAUUACUACCUCACAAUUGAAGCCAGAGAUGGAGGCUCUCCUUCGCUGAGCACAGUAACUACUGUCAAUGUCAAUGUAACCGAUGUAAACGAUAACCCACCAGAAUUUAGCAGGGAUAUAUACAAUUCAGUUAUCAGUGAAGAUGCAGCCAUUGGAGAAUCUGUUGCUUUGAUGCUGGCAGAAGAUUGGGACAGUCAAGCUAAUGCACAGAUUCAUUUCUCCAUUGUGAAUGGAGAUCUGGGUAAUUACUUCAGCAUCAAUCCAGUCACAGGCUUAAUCAAAAUCAAAGAACAACUUGAUAGAGAAAAAGUGUCUGGCUAUUCACUAAUUGUGCAAGCUGAAGACAGUGGAAUGCCACCCAUGUCAUCUACAGUUACUGUGAAUAUUGAUGUCUCAGAUAUUAAUGAUAACCCCCCUGAAUUUAUCCCUGCAAAUUAUUCAGCUGUCAUUCAGGAAAAUAAACCUGUGGGGACCAGUAUUCUGAAACUUUCUGUGACGGACAAGGAUUCCUCACACAAUGGCCCUCCGUUCACACUUACUAUUCUUGCUGGGAAUGAUGGGAAGGAAUUUGUUUUAGACCAGGAAGGCGUUCUGAGAUCAGCAACUGUUUUUAAGCAGAAGGAUACCACAGAAUACCAUCUACAUGUGAAGGCUCAAGAUUCUGGCAAACCGCCACUGACUUCAUCCACCUAUAUACUUGUUCGAGUGAUUGAAGAAAGCAUUCACAAACCAACUGCUAUUCCACUUGAGAUUUUUAUUUCUACGAUGGAGGAUGAAUUCUCAGGAGGAGUGAUUGGAAAAAUCCACGCUACCGAUCAGGAUAUGUAUGACGUUCUUAGCUACAGUUUCAGGUCGGAUCAGAGAAGUCUGUUCGAUAUAAAUAGCCAAGAUGGGAAGAUUAUUGCACUUGGGGGACUGGACAGUGGCAAGUAUAUUUUGAAUGUGUCUGUCAGUGAUGGGCGCUUCACUGUCCCUGUUGAUGUUGUGGUUCAUGUGGAGCAGGUGACUCAAGAAAUGCUGAACAAUGCCAUCACUAUUCAGUUUGAAAACAUCUCUCCUGAAGAUUUUAUUGGACUUCAUCUCCAUGGAUUUAGGCGGAGCCUUCGGAACAUAUUCGCAGCCCAGAAGCAAGACACCGUUCAUAUUAUUAGUAUUCAGCCAGUCUCAGGCACACAGAAGCUUGAGGUUUUAUUGGCAGUACAGAUAUAUAGAAGUGGGUUCUAUAAAACCGCUUAUUUAAUUCAAAAGCUCACCAAUGCAAAGAGAGAAUUUGUGAAUGGUCUUCUCGUUUCCUCUAUCAUGGACAAGAGUUGCCCUGCAGAAGAAUGCCAAGAACGCAACUGUGCGCCACUGGUUUCUGCAGAACCACAGUCCACUAUGACCUACAGUACUGCACGGAUCAGCUUUGUGUCCCCUCAUUACCAUAAAAGUCUAACAUGUGCUUGCAGUGGUAAACUCUGCCCAGUGGUUUCUGAUGUUUGCCAAGACAAGCCUUGCCCAAGUGACAUGCAUUGUGUUGGAGGCAGUGAAGGCCGUGGGCCAUACGUCUGUCAGUGUCCACCUGGGAACCUGGGAGAAUGUUCGGGUCAUGCAUCCCUGAGUUUUGCUGGAAACAGCUAUAUUAAAUAUCGGGUGGCUGAAAACAGCAAAAGACAGGAACUGAAAUUAGGAUUGCAUUUGAGAACACUGCAGAGUAAUGGAGUCAUUAUGUAUGCUGAAGGGGAAUACUGUGUCAUUUUGAAGAUUGUGGAUGGAAAACUCUGGUUCCAGUUGGACUGCGGCAAUGGGCCUGGCAUUAUAGGCAUUUCUGGCAGAGCAGUUAAUGAUGGGAAUUGGCACACUGUCUUUCUGGAUCUCAACAAGAAUUUCACGAGCCUUGCACUGGAUGACAGCUACGUAGAGCGUCGGAGAGCUCCUUUCCACUUUCACUUCCUCAGUAUCGACAGCUCCAUCUACUUUGGUGCCCAGGUGCCAGCUGCUCGUAGCUUGUCAAGCCAGAAAAAGACUCAAGUCUUGGGUGGAUUUCAGGGAUGCCUAGACUCGGUUGUCCUUAAUGACAAUGAGUUGCCACUGCAAAACAAACGCAGCCACUUUGCUGAAGUGGCAGAAUUGACAGAAUUAAAGCUCGGAUGUGUCUUGUAUCCUGACACCUGUGCCAGAGGGCCGUGCCAGAAUGGAGGGAGUUGUGUUAGCCUACCAUCUGGUGGUUAUCAGUGCAACUGCCUAUCACAGUUUACAGGGAAUCGAUGUGAAACAGAAGUCACGGUUUGUUACCCAAACCCCUGUCAGAAUGGGGGCUCCUGCAAUCCAAUUGGCAAUGAUUUUAUCUGCAGCUGCAUGGAAGGGUUUGUUGGUCUGAUGUGUGAAGAAGACAUUGAUGAAUGUGAAAGAGAGGAGUGUCAAAAUGGAGGAACAUGCUUAAAUACAUUGGGCUCAUUUCAGUGCAACUGUACUUCAGGAUUCAUAGGCUUCUACUGUGAUCUUAGGCCAAUGGUCGUGCCCAACAUACAACCUGGACAUCCCUAUAUCGGAAAGGAGGAACUCAUUGGAAUAACCAUUGUGUUAUUAGUUCUAAUGUUACUGGUGAUACUUUUUGCAAUUUUCCGCAAGAAAGUCUUCAAGAAGCAUGCACGAAACAAUGUUACCCUCGUACAGGACCCUGCGACGGCAGCACUACUUAAUAAGCCUAAUGGCAUGCAGUUCAAAGUUAUUAGGAAUAAUGGUGAUAGCCGUAAGAUUUAUCAAGAAACUGGUGGUCCUCCUCAAGUGCCAGUCAGACCUAUGGCUUAUACCCCAUAUUUCCAUAGUAACUCGAGGAACAAUUUAGACAAAAUGGAUGGAAUGGGGAUAGAACACCAGGAAAUGAGUACUUUCCACCCUGAUUCUCCUCGACUGCUGACUACACGUAGAGGUGUUGUUGUGUGCAGUGUCGCCCCAAAUCUCCCAUCAGUUACUCGAUCUGUCUCUGACUGUGAUUCGUUGAGAAAGAACACGUGGGAUACAGAGAGAGAUGGAAAGACCGACAUUGUUGAGGAUGCUGCAGGCUUCACGGCGAGUACAAAAGGCAGCAGUUCCGAAGUCCAAUCCCUCAAUUCCUUCCAGUCUGAUUCAUGCGACGAUAAUGCUUCAGUAGUGACUGUUAUACGCCUGGUUAAUGAUGAUGCGGUUGACACAAUUGAGAAUGAAGUGUCCCUUAUGGAGGAGGGGCAGAACUACAACAGAGCAUAUCAUUGGGAUACUUCAGACUGGAUGCCAAGCACUCGACUACCUAAUAUUCAAGAAGUGCCACAUUAUGAAGUAGCUGAUGCUGCACCUGUGCGUCAUGAGAAUGUGACAGCGCUGGAUACAGACUACUACCUCGGUGGAUAUGACAUAGACAAUGAUUACCCACCUCCUCAAGAUGAGGAAUUCCUGAGUCAGGACCAACUUCCUCCUCCCCUCCCAGAAGAUUACCAGGAUCAAUAUGAGAUCCUCCAACCACACAAUACCACAUCAGCAACAAAUACCUUGACCUCCAAUGGCCGAAGAAGACCGCACUUCCAUCCCAGCCAGUAUCUUCCACCUCACCAGUUGCCAGCAGAUGGCGAGACUGGUGGUGCCCAAGGUGGCAGAGACUAUUGCGCAUUUCGUGCAGGUUCAAACAAAGACUUGGAGAAAGUCAUCAUUGACAAUAUGACAAUUCCAAUGCACACAACAACAAAUGCAUCAUCAUCAGAUAUGUCAACAAGUUGUGGCUUCGAUGAUUCUGAAAUAGUGAUGAGUGACUAUGAAAGUGGCGAUGAAGUCAAUUUUAAUAAUCAUAUCUCUUUUGUAGAAUCUCAGUACCAGACACAGGUAUGAUGACUCCUUCAAAAUCUAUAAGAAAUUGAAACCAGUCAAGAGACACUGAGAAUAAAGUGGUGCAGUGCCAGGAAGGUAAAGACCAUUUCAUGGAAUAUUUACUGUACAACCGGAAGAAAUGAUGGACACGAAGAGCAGAAUGAGUUAUUUCCUCCCAGUUGGGAGCUAAGUUUCAUUGUUGUAUGUCCAGAGCAUAUUCUUUCUAAAAUGGCUCAAAAUAAUUGUUUUUUGUUUAAUAGAUCAGCCAAUGGUUUGGUUUUAAGCCAAUUUCACAUUGGAGCUAAAAGUGCAGAAGGAUAUUGCCAUUAACAAUGGAAUUCUAGGUGUCAUCCAUUUGGAAAUACAUUUGAUAAUGUAGGAGAAAUGACCAUCUGGUAGAAUAAAAUUUUAAUCACUUAAUUACAGAUCAUAUUGAUAAUUCCAAAACAUAAGCAAUGAAGUAAAUAGUAAUGGCACUUUCUUAAAAUUAUGAUGAAGUAAACCAUUGGGUAGUCAACUGUAGUAACCGUGUGGGCAGAACUUCAAAAGAACUGCAGUACUUGUUUACCAAUCCACCGUGCACUCUUUCAGUUCCUGGAAUGUAUGCUUGCAGUCCUAAAUUAAGCGACUGAUAGUGAUAAGUUAAAGUAAUGUAGAAAAACAAAGCAUUUGCCAGUAUAAAAAGUAAUAUCCUACCCAAGAUACCUAGCCAAAAUCCAACUUGCCUCUACUCUACGUUCCAAAAUGUUCUAAUUGCCACAACCUUUUGUACAUGUCUUUUCUAUAUCAAAGCACAUAGAAUUUAGCUUGAAUUAACUUGCAAAGAAAGUGCAGUCACGGUUAAAUUUUAAGACAGUCAUGAACACUGGAGCAGGAGAUUUUGUAACUAUAAAUGAGAAAUUAAAAUUGCACUGCAAACUGAUGUAAUUUGGAAUAAAUGUGUUUUUUAAUUAUCUGGUCUAAGGACCUAUUUGAAAAGCUCAUGUCUUAUGACCAUGAGGUAGGUACAGCUUGAGGUGUGUUGGUUUGUUGAGAGGAACACAGAGGAACAUCUCUAAAAUUAAAUGAAAGUCAUUUUCAGAAUUUAGUUCUUGUCAAGUCUAGCUAUUAUUGGACAACAUUGUCACAGCUAUAGCUGUAUAAUCUUUAGAGUAUUCCUGAUAAAUCGACAAUAUACAAAUUAACACUUUCGAAGGCAUAGAUGUGGUAAGUUUUAAUGAAUGUAUUGCAAGGGAAAAUUAUUUUAAUCAACCUACAUUCAGCAAAGCUGCUUUUUGCAAUUUAAUAAUGGAAAUUAAAUCUUUUUACAGCCUGUUAAGUCAGAAAAUUAUUCAUCAUUAAGUAUUGUCAAUACUAAAACAGUGUUACCAGUCUGAUUAAGGAGUUCUUUUAAAUGCAGAGUAAAGACUCAGCAUAUAGAUUUACCCCUGGAUAUUUGCACAUGCAGUAUUUGGAUUGAAAUCUCAAGUAAAUCAUAUAAUUUAAAUGUCAGCCAUCUCCUUGGAUGCUGGAGAUCAUGGUUGAAGUAAGUUUGGUUUAACUCACUAUUUCCUGCCGUUAAGUAUACCAACAAACCUGCUUUGUUACCAUUCAUAGCUGGAACAAAAUAUGAAGAAAAUAUAUUUUUUCAUGCACCUUUAGACUUCGUUCCAUGUAUUCACAAAGCUACAAUGCCACUGAAAUGUGGGUCUAUUUGGACUCUAAUUUGUUUAUUUGUAUGUAAAUUAUCUUACAGCAGCUGUGGAUCGUUGGCACUGCAUUUUAGAAAGUCACGAAAUUUGAUAUGCCUCAAAAUUUCUAAGCUUUUUGUAGUAUUGUAUUAAACUGUUGUCAUGUUGUGUAUUAUUUUCUACUUGCUGUUAACAAGCUUUGUAAAGAUGCAAGUUUAUGUGCUUAAAACGUUUGUAUAAAGUGUAUAUAGGUAUAGAUUGGGAUGUUCAAAUUUUGCAAGCUUUUGUAGAUAUUUAAUGUGUUCUGAGAUGCCUUGAUUUUUUUGCUGAUAAAAGUGAAAUAUCACUCCAAAGCAGAGACUGAUUAGUAUUGAUGAACUGUUUUUAAAGAGAAGGGAUUGUAAAUUGAUCAACAAAAUCCAUACAGCUCAUUUUAAUAACACAAAUCCUACUUUUAUCAUUGCCGGAGCUUUUCAGUAUGGUGAAAUCGGAACAGGCAGCUGCGUAAUUCUUUGGAAGGAAUUCAGCUAAUCUUUUCAUGUAUUUUGUGGUCACAAGAGGCAAAAUGCUAAGGAUUGUGUCUUGAAUUGUUAUUAUGAAUGUGCUAAGACUUUGACAAAACAUGGCGAAUUAGUGCAAAAGGAUAAGAUUGUUUUGUAAGUGUCACUAAAGGAAUUCAGAUGCCAUCAAAACUUGGAUCUAUUUCAAUGAUCAGCUGUGCUAUAGGUGUUGUUGGCAGUAUUAAAAACUGUAGUAUUUUAUGAUUCAUUUGUGUAUUGUACAGAUUGAUUUUUAACUGCCGCUACAUUUCUUAUGUUUAUGUAACAAUAAAAUAUGUUUUUAGUUAGUUA